AUGCCAUCCAGAAAAAAAACACAAAUGUUUGCAUCUGCCUGUUUUACUAGUAUUUGGUCUUUUGUGAUAGUCUGCCUUGUUCUUGCAAACAAAAACUGGGUCUCGAGUAAUGUUAACUUUACUGAAGGAAAUUCAAGUGCUAUUAUAACCGUCACAUAUGGGGUUUUUGAAGGUGUGUGUUCAAAGAAGGUGAUUGGUGGACUUGAAACGCCAGCAAAAAAUUUCCAAGUGACAGCGAAGCUGGGAAAGACAGCAAUGAAAAGUUUGAAUGUUGUGAUUAUCUUGCUCCUGGUUCUCAGUUUGCUUAGCUCCCUUAUGAGUUCUGGAUUUACAUGCUGCAACACCGUAACCAAUCCCUACCAGACAUUUUUGGGACCCGUUGGAGUCUAUACAUGGAAUUCCCUAAGUGGCAUCUUCGUUCUUCUAACCAUGAUAUUGUUUGCAGCGAACGUAGAGGCAAACAAACUGUCUGUAGAGUUGGCUUCAAACUGUGUGUUUUCUUCAAGUCAAUAUAAAAACUCCAGCAACAAUUAUGAAUAUUCAUACUGGCUCAUGCUUCUUAUCUUUCUUUUGAAUGUUGCAACUAUCAUCAUCAUCAUCUUCUAUCACCGUGCAAGGUAUUCCAAGAGGAAGGAACAGGAGAGACCCAUUGAAAAUGCACCAAAAGAUGGUAUUUUAUUUUAG